UAUGUAAUUCAAUGUAUUUAAUGUUUAUUGAAAAAUGGCUAAAACCGUGCAUUUUAAGCGAAAACCAUGGGUCAAGAACCUGUAUUCAAACCGCGAGUAUCCGGACAACUAUACGGAUCCGAGUUUCCUGAAAGAUCUGCGCACCAAUCUCCAUGUGCGAAUCUACACGCUUGGCGAGGCUAUUGCCGGCAUAACCGUGCUGAAUAAUCAAAUUUCGUGCAUAACCGGCUUUCUGAUACUCUAUCACAUGAUGCUCAGCGAGCGACUUGCACCCACCAGCAUUCUGGUGCCCACCUGCAUCAUUACGGCCAUGGGAUAUUUGUAUUAUCGUGGGAGCAGCCUUAGCAUGACUUUGCUGGGAGAGGAUUCCAAGACCCUCGUCACUGUGCUGCUCUUUGGCUACAUCUUUUCUCCCAUGCUGCACACCUUGACACAGGCAAUCAGCACGGACACCAUUUACACAAUGACAUUCUUUGUGAUGCUCUUCAAUCUGAUGUUCUCCGACUACGGCAUAGAUGUGGCCAUGGUCUCCAAGGCCAUUUCACUGAAUGCGGCUGUAUUCGGAGCCAUCUGUCUGGCAUCGCGACUUUCCACAUCAUAUCACGCCUUUGUGCUGCUUGUCGAGGCUGCCAUAUUCUUUGUGCUGUAUCCCAUUAUGAUCGCAGCCACAUGGCAUGCGCUCUGCAUGGUGCCCAUCUUCGUCAUUUGCUGCGCCUCGCUCUAUUAUAUAUCGAGCCCGGUGCUCUAUCUUUAUGCCUGCACCACACUUUUCAUCAACUUCGUUUGCCCGCUCAUCUUUGUAAAGCAGCAGCGGUACAAGUUCAACAUCCAUGGCCCCUGGGACGAGGCAAUUGUGGAAGAGAACACCGAUGAGAAUCUUGAUGAGAAUUUAUAGCGCCAGCUGCUCUUCUCAUAGAUGCAUUGCAUCGAUGACGGGGAGCACGAGCCUGAGCGUUAAAUUCACAAGUUUGCACACAAUUUAAGUAUUUAUAAAACUCGUUAACAUUCCAUAUUAAUGGCGUUAUUUAAAUUUAUUUGUUAAUACAUGUCUCACGUCUAACCCUCAAUUGAACAUAAAAAAUAUCUCCUUUGUAAAUAAAAAUCAAAGCAAUGUUAUAA